AUUAGACAACUAAGAAUAUCUGGUGAUAUAAUUAUUGGUGGAGUGUUUCCAGUGCAUGCUAAGCCAGAUUCGCCUGAUCAGAUAUGUGGCCCGAUCGCUGAAACGAGAGGAAUUCAUAGAGUCGAAGCAAUGCUAUAUGCUCUUGACAUUAUUAAUUCGCGAAAGGAUUUUCUCCGUGGUUACAAAUUGGGAGCGAUGAUAUUAGAUUCUUGUUCAACUCCUGCUUAUGCUUUAAACCAAAGCCUUGAUUUUGUGCGAGACAUGAUCGGAUCUAGUGAUCAGCAUGAAUACCAGUGCCCUGAUGGUAGUUUACCAAUAAUCAAGCAUAUCACGCGAAAAAAUGUUGCCGCUGUGGUUGGUGGUAGUUAUAGUUCAGUAACAGUACAGGUCGCCAACUUACUACGAUUGUUUAAAAUAGCUCAAGUGAGCCCAGCGAGUACCAAUGCUGAUUUAAGUGAUAAAAAUCGAUUUGAGUAUUUUGCUAGAACCGUACCGAGUGACAAUUAUCAAGCAAAGGCAAUGGUCGACAUAGCUUUGCAUUUCAAUUGGAGUUAUCUGUCACUGGUAUAUUCAGCGGAUGAAUAUGGCGAAUUAGGCGCUGAAGCGUUCAAGAAAGAAGCAAGAAAGAAGAAUAUAUGCAUAGCAACUGAGGAAAGAAUAUCGAUGAAAAAAGAAGCAUUAACUGAUUCCAUCGACAAUUUAGUUAAAAAACUGCAACCUGAUAAAACUGUCGGAGCCAGAGUGGUUGUUCUUUUUGUUGGUACUGAAUACGUUCCUGAAUUGAUGUUUCAGACGUCAGUUCGUAUGAAUUUGAAUCAUAGAAACAAGGAAAAGAAAAUAAUAUGGUUAGCGAGCGAAGGAUGGGAUCGUAAUAAUGAUGCAUAUACUAUAAAAAAACGAAAAUAUGCAGCCGAUGGAGCAAUUGUAUUGAUGCUUGAAUCGAAAAAAGUGCCCUCAUUUGAAGAAUACUUUCUUUCUUUGCAUCCGAAUGACGAAAAUUUCAAAAGAAAUAGUUGGCUCAAAGAGUUGUGGAACCAAAAAUUUUUCUGCGAAUUUGAUCUACCAAUAGACAGUAAGAAAAAUCGUUGCGAAAAUUAUAAACAAAGUCGAGAGAAUUUCAAUGCCGACGAUAAAGUGGAGUUUGUUAUUGAUGCUGUUUUCGCAAUUGCUCAUGGAUUAAAGGCAAUGAAAGAAGCUGCUUGUCCAAAUGAUUCAAUAGCAACGUCCUGGAUAUCAAGGCAUUCGAAAAUGCCCGAAGUUUGCCCAUCGUUGAAAAAAAUUGAUGGGGAAGAAUUUUAUAAAAAAUACUUUUGGUUGUUAUGCAGUAAAUAUUUCUUUCAUCUGUUAAUUACCCAAAAAUUUCGACGAAAAAAAAUUUAUCACAAUUUUAUUAAUCGAAUUCGGUUGAAUUUGAGUUUUUUUUCAGAUCUAGUCGGCAAAAAAUUUCAUUUUAGUGCCGAAGGCGAUGGGCCAGCUCAUUAUACCAUUUUGAAUUAUCAACCGAGAGAUCUUAAUAAAAAGCGAAAUAAAUAUGAGAAGGAAACGAGGACUAGUGACUACGUGGUUGUUGGCAGAUGGUCUGAAGAUCAGUUACAACUGAAUGAUAAAAAAAUGUUUUGGGGUAGUAAUAACAUUCCAUUAUCAGUAUGCAGUCUUCCGUGUCCAGUUGGCUAUAGAAAACAAUUGAUAAAGGACGAAAUAUGUUGUUGGGCAUGUGGAAAGUGCGAAGAAUAUGAAUAUUUGAUAAAUGAGACAACAUGUGUUGACUGUGGCGAAGGCUGGUGGCCAACUCCUAAUCGUAAAGAUUGUUAUGACAUUGCUGUCAUAAAUCUACAGUAUAUGCAGUGGUCGUCAUGGUAUUCAAUUGUUCCAUCGUUAUUUGCAAUAAUAGGAAUUUGUUCGACCAUUGCAGUAAUCAUCAUUUAUUUAAGAUAUUAUGAAACCCCAGUUGUGAAAGCUUCGGGUCGAGAACUGAGUUUUAUAUUAUUAAUCGCUAUGAUUUUAUGUUAUUUAAUGACUUUUGUUCUAUUAGCCAGGCCUAGCACGGUGGUUUGUGCAGUAAAAAGAACUGGAAUUGGAUUUGCUUUUUCGUGCCUUUAUGCUGGUAUGUUAAUUAAAACAAAUAGGAUAUCACGGAUAUUUUCACAUCGUUCUAUUCGAAGACCAUUAUUUAUUUCACCUAUAUCCCAAGUGAUGCUUACGCUUUCAUUAGUUGGUUUUCAACUUUUGGGAUCCCUUAUUUGGUUAUUCUUAGUGCCACCAGGUAUAAGGCACGAUUAUCCAAGCAGGGACCAAGUUGUCCUGACCUGCAAUGUACCCGAACAUCAUUUUCUAUAUUCAUUAGCCUAUAACGCCGCACUCAUCGUAUUAUGUACGAUAUAUGCAGUAAAAACAAGGAAAGUACCGGAAAACUUUAAUGAAACUAAAUUUAUUGGCUUCAGUAUGUAUACAACAUGUGUUAUCUGGCUUUCCUGGAUAUUUUUUUUCUUCGGCACUGGGAAUAAAUUUCAGAUUCAAACUACUUCAUUAUGUAUAUCAAUUUCUAUGUCAGCAAAUGUGGCAUUGAUUUGCAUUUUCUCACCAAAAAUUUGGAUAAUUUUAUUUGAAAAACAUAAAAAUGUGCGUAAACAAGGCGGCGAACAAUUGUUUUCCAAAAGAGGUUAUAGCACAACUGGAAAUGAUUAUGUGGCAGUAUCACAACAUAUGGCCUUAUUGACCGAUUCUAAACGACAUGCAUCACACCAAAGUACUUCAUCAUCCGGAAAUGAUAUCUUUUUAUGA